AUGCCCACAGACAAGAAAACCGAGAAGAAGCUAACUGAACUGCUAGUGGCUAGAAAGGCAGUAUAUGUGGUGCGCGAUUCGGUGGAAAAUUUCGUUCAACGUUACGAUAAUGAACGUGAUGCUUGCCAGAUUUUCGUCCGUUUGGAAUCGUUGGACAAAAUGUACCAGGAAUUCCAUCAAGUGCAGAGUGAAAUCGAAAAAAUAGACGAUGCUGAAAUGUUAGAUACCCAUCUUAUUGAACGAUCUGAUCUGGAAACGCGCUAUUGUGUAGCGAAAGGAUUUUUGCUUUCCCGAAGAGCACCCGAUCUGAACCAAACGGGGCUCAAUACGUCUAUCAUGCCCGCGCCACAUACCCCUUCCAACACCUUCCACUUAAGACUGCCUAAAAUCGAUCUCCCAAAAUUUAAUGGAGAUUUUACAAAAUGGUUGUCGUUUCGGGAUACAUUCAGCUCCAUGGUUCACUCAAACGCUGACAUCCCCAUGGUUGCAAAAUUGCAGUAUCUGCUGCAAUCUCUCCAAGGUGAAGCACAAAAACCUUUUGAAAGUGUCGAUAUUGAGGCAGACAAUUAUGCAUCGGUGUGGGAUGCAUUAUUAAAACGAUACGAUAAUCGUCGGUUCCUGAAAAAGCAGCUGUUUAGAUCAAUUUACGAUCUCCCACAAAUGAAAAGAGAAUCUGCUCAGGAAUUGCACGAACUUAUUGAUGAAUUCCAACGCCACGUGAAAGCUUUAGCGAAGUUGGAGGAACCAAUCCAAUAUUGGGACACUCCAUUGAUUAACAUUCUAUGCUACAAGCUCGACCCAGCAUCAUUGCGUGCCUGGGAGGAACGAAGCAGUCAAAUGGAAGAGGUUAGCUACGAUGCUUUAAUAGAAUUCCUUCAUCAAAGAGUGCGCAUACUGAAAUCUGUUGAGUCAGAUUUAUUACAACGUUCGCAGUUUAAUCAUACCAGAAUGCCCGGUGUGAAUCAGAUCCAUAAAAAAGGCUUUCCCCCAAUAACAGUAGCCAAUGCUGUUGCCUCCCAAAGUAACCCGUCAGUGCCAUCGUGUGUCGCUUGCCGCGAGAAUCACUAUUUGUUUCAAUGCUCAACCUUUGAAAAAAUGUCAGUAAGUCAGCGUCGGGAGCUGAUUACCCAACGCAAACUAUGUUGGAAUUGCUUCCGUACUGGUCAUCAAGCGAGAACCUGUGGAUCCAAAUACAAGUGUCGUGUGUGUCAUGAUCGUCAUCAUACGUUAUUGCAUGAUUUCUCUCCAUCGAAUUCUUCUCCAGCGGUGACAAUACCUGUUCCAGAGCAGCAACCGAAUCCACCAUCGUUCGCACUCCCAGGAAAGGCAGGGCCUUCCAAUGUUCAAGUUAGUUUAGCGGUUCAGUCUCGUCCAAGUACAGUUUUAUUAGAAACAGUUUCCCUUCACGUCGUCGAUGAUUAUGGACACAUCUUUGAAGCUAGAGCUCUAUUAGAUUGUGCCUCGAUGUCGAAUUUCAUAUCGAAAAGGCUUGCCAAUCUGCUCUGCAAUCGCCAAUCCAAAGUAAAUGUUAAUGUUGCGGGAAUUGGUCAAUCCUUGAAAACAUUAAAGCGCACUAUAACCGCAAUAGUCAAAUCUAGAGUUUCUCCAUUUUCCACGAAGCUUGAGUUUUUGGUAAUCGAAACACCCACUAAUGAUUUACCAACCGUACCCGUACAAGUCAGCUCGUGGAAUCUUCCGAAUGUUGCUCUCGCGGACCCGAAAUUUCACACUACCAGCCAAAUAGAUGUUAUCAUUGGCGGAGAAACAUACUGGGAAUUGCACACAGGCAAGAAAAUCUCCUUAGGAUCCGGCCAACCUCAAGCUAUCGAAACCCUCUUCGGCUGGACAGUUUCCGGUUCAACAUAUCAAGAUGCUUCACCCACAACGAAAGAAUGUUUUGUUUCAACUGCUGAAAGCAGACUCGAAGAUGCAGUACAGCGAUUUUGGGAACUAGAGACACUAGUAGAGCAAAAUACACAGUCUCUUUCAGAAAAACGCUGCGAGGAAUUUUAUGCUCCCACCACAAUAAAAAACUCUUCUGGGCGAUACGUCGUUCGUCUUCCGAAGACCGAAAACACUGAGAUCGUUCUAGGAAAUUCUAGGCUUAUAGCUGAACGCAGAUUCCACAGCCUCGAGCGUCGGUUAGACCGUGAUCCCGUCGUAAAAUCAUCCUACCACCAAUUCAUGCAUGAGUACGAGCAAUUGGGGCAUAUGAGACGAAUUUGUGACCCUGUCGACGAUUCAAUCGAACACUGCUACCUCCCACAUCACCCGGUAUUUAAACUUUCGAGUACCACCACGAAGACUAGGGUAGUCUUUGAUGCGUCAUGCAAGACGGCAUCUGGAUACUCGCUGAACGACUGCUUGCUCGUAGGCCCGGUCGUCCAACAAGAUUUGUUAUCUUUGGUCAUGCGCUUCCGAACACACGCUAUUGCAUUGGUGGCCGACAUAGAAAAAAUGUACCGACAGGUACAAGUACAUUCAGAGGACCGACCGCUACAAAGAAUCCUAUGGCGCAACAACGUCAAGGACCCCAUCGCCUCGUAUGAGCUACAGACCGUUACGUACGGCACAGCCUCCGCACCGUACCUUGCCACUAAAACCCUCAAGCAGUUAUCAAUUGACGAAAGUCACAAUUUUCCCGCCGCUGCUGAUCCUGUAUCUAACGAUUUUUAUGUUGACGAUUUUUUAUCUGGAGCUGAGGAUGUCCAGACAGCCCGUGAAAUUCAACGUCAAGUUACACUCAAGCUUUGCACCGCUGGUUUCCCACUAAAAAAGUGGGCAUCGAAUUCAUCGGAUGUGUUAAAAGGCAUUCCGUCUGAGGACCGUGCAAUUCAACCAUUUGUCGAUAUGCAAGACGAACAAUCCAUAAGCACACUCGGUUUGAUCUGGGAGCCCAAAACCGACACCUUUCGUUUUAAAGUGGACUUACCGUUGCCAGCAGCUGUUUUGACUAAAAGAAAUGUGAUGUCCUACAUAGCUCAAAUCUUUGAUCCUCUUGGUUUGGUAGGUCACACCAUCAUGAAGGCAAAAUUAUUCAUGCAGCAUUUGUGGACACUAAGGCAAGCUGACGGUAAUCGGUUCGAUUGGGAUCAACCAUUGCCACCGAAGCUGCAAAAUGCGUGGAAGGAAUUCCACACCACCAUAGAUAUUUUACGCCAAAUUAAAAUACCACGAUUCGUAUCGCUGCCAAGUGCAAUCAAGUUCGAAUUGCAUUUUUUCGCCGAUGCAUCCGAAAGAGCGUACGGAACAUGUUGCUACGUACGCGCUGAAACAACACACCAAAUAUCUGUUCAGCUUAUGGCAUCAAAAUGUAAAGUAACACCACUUUCAACACAUCACACUAUCGCAAGAUUAGAGCUCUGUGCUGCCCGGUUGGCUACACAGCUCUAUAAAAAGGUGUCCGGCUCCCUGAAAAUCUCACCUACACAAGUUCACUUUUGGUCAGACUCUACGACUGUUCUACAAUGGCUACGCUCAGCGCCAGGACGCUGGAAGACAUUUGUGGCCAACCGUGUUUCGUAUAUCCAGCAAGCAACUACGAUCGACAAUUGGAAACAUAUUGCCGGCGUCGACAACCCUGCAGACGAUAUCUCGCGGGGACUGAAUCCACCAGAAAUUGUAAACAGCACACGAUGGUGGACCGGACCUAGUUGGCUUACCCUCGCUUCAGAAUUUUGGCCUGUUGGAGCUCUACCAACUGAUGAACUACCCGAAACUAGAACGGAAGGCAAAAACGUUCCGUUAGUCGCUAUGUCUACGACACAAUGCAGCUUCAAUGAGUAUUUAUUCGCUCGAUAUUCGGAUUAUUCACCAUUGCGACGAACUACAGCCUAUUGCCUUCGUUAUCUACAAAAUUUGCGCAACCGUUCCAUCGUUCGCAAAACCAACCCAACAUUGAAGAACUUUUUUGCAGCCGAUAUUGCACUGUGCCGAAUGGCACAACAAGACAGUUUUUGGGAAGAACGCAACAACAUCGCCAAUGGCAUUCAAUUAUCCAAGCCCAAUACUCUCAAAUGGCUUAAACCUUUUUUGGAUUCAAUGGGAGUCAUUCGAGUUGGCGGUCGUUUAGAUAAUGCCGCACUAUCUGAGAAAGUGAAACAUCCGAUAUUGUUAAAGGGCAAUCAUCCUUUGAGUACCCUUAUAGCUAACUAUUAUCACAAGGUUCUUCUACACGCUGGUCCGCAAUUAAUGCUAGGAACUCUACGUCAGAAAUAUUGGUUUCUUGGAGGAAGAAAUCUUGUGCGUCAAGUAUACCAUAAAUGCCAUACAUGUUUUCGUUUCAAGCCAGUGUUGAUCAAGCAAAGCACCGCUGAUUUGCCAGCAUCACACGUCACCCCCACUCGCCCAUUUUCUGUUUGCGGAAUCGAUUAUUGUGGGCCCUUCUUCAUAAAGUCAGCUGCCCGAACUCGUGGUCCAACGAAGGUGUACGUUGCCAUUUUUAUAUGCUUUUCUACUCGAGCGGUGCACAUUGAACUUGUGGGUGAUCUCUCCACCGCUGCCUUUUUGGCCGCACUCAGACGCCUAGUUGCUCGACGGGGAAUAAUCUGUGAACUGCACUCCGAUAACGCCACAGCAUUCAAGGGAGCCGCCCAUGCACUCAAUAAAGUAUAUCGAAUGUUGAAGCUGGAAGAACCGGAACGAAAUAAGAUUUUUGAUUGGUGUGCGAACCACGGGAUAAAGUGGAAGUUCAUUCCGCCCAGAGCUCCUCACUUCGGAGGCCUCUGGGAAGCCGCCGUAAAAUCUACUAAAUUUUACCUUCUGAAAAGCGUGGAAAUGUGCCUCAAUUCACGGCCAAUUACACCAAUACCGUCGGAAUCGUCAGAUUUAGAGGCCCUGACACCGGGACACUUCCUGGUAGGCUCUAAUCUUCAAGCUGUCAGCGAACCACCCUUAAUAAGUAUACCAGCAAACCGGCUCAAUCAUUGGGAGCAAACCCAGCAACAUGUACAACGUAUCUGGGCUCGAUGGUACCCGGAGUAUCUCCAACAACUGCAGUCUCGUGCAUCAAAUAGCUGCAGUCCGCCAGUUAAAAUUGAACCAGGAAGAAUUGUCGUCGUUCGAGAAGAUAAUGUGCCACCAACCAAGUGGCCGCUUGCGAAGAUCACCGCCAUACAUCCUGGAAAAGACGGAAUCGUUCGAGUCGUCACACUAAAAACAGCCGCUGCAGACAACGUCGUUCGACCCGUAGCAAAAAUUGCUUUGCUUCCGAUGCCCACUGAUGGCAUCCUGCCAACCAUCGAUCGUUAG